AUGCUUUCCAGGAUUCCGUCGAGAUGUGCAGUCGUCGGACCGUCGUUUCGACGUGGAUUGGCUACAGAAGCAACAACGGCCAGCUCUCAACAGCCUUCCCCGAGCCAGUUGCCUUCAGAGCCCGCCAAGAAACCCUCUCGUCCGCAUAUCAAAACAGCCAUUAUUCUGAACCGUUCACCCAUUCUUACAAGAACUCCGACGGCCUUUGAAAAAGCUUAUUAUAGCUACCAAGCCCGGAUACGACGCGCUCUACACAACCCAUUCCCAUACGAGUUUUAUUUCAAGCAGGGUACUUUACUGGAGACCCGUUUUAACCUUGAGGAACGAAAGCGAGAACGGCUUGCGUUUGGCCCAGGAUUCCUGGAGAAGGAAGAUAUUAGUGAGGAGAAAAGGCAGGCCAACAUUGCGGCUGUCGAACAACUGGCGCAGCAGGAAGGAGAGGGAGAAGAACUCAUGCCCAGGCAGCACGAAGCCGAUAUUAAAAAUGACCAGAAAAGCCUGGAUCGUAUGGGACAGCGCAACUUGUAUUUAGUGGUCCAAGUGACGGAGAAUGGAAAGGAUAUUUGGCGCUUCCCUCAAGGAGAUGUUGAGAAGGGGCAGCUUCUACACCAGGCUGCACAGAAAAACCUGCUUGCCGUAUGCGGCGACAAGAUGGAUACUUGGAUUGUUGGGAGAGCGCCAGUUGGCGUACAUAAACCCGAGCCACAGUCGGAUUCACCAGAAAGUGUCAUAUUCUUCCACAAAGCUCACAUUAUGGCUGGCCAAGUGGUGGCAGACGGCAAGAAUAUCAAGGACUUCCGAUGGCUGUCAUACCAAGAAAUUCGCGAUACCGUAGAGCCAUCGUAUUGGGAAAGCAUCAAAGAUAUUCUCUCGGAGUUUUGA